CUUCCUUCGUUCUUUCUCUUUCUGACUCACGCGCUGUCCUAUUUAGAGCAGAGUGUGGUUUCAAGACAGAAAGAAAGAAAACCCAGCAAAGACUUAAAUCUUUUGGUCUUCGUUGGUACAGGCAUUUAUGCAAUGUAAACGUCUGAUUACAGGUAAUCUGUCGCUUGUUUUUGAGGACUAACUAAACGAAGUGGCAUCGGUCGAGGAAUCUUGUGUUAGCGUAAAUGGAACAGGAAUAUGCAUGCUAAAAACUGCUUACUGGAGCUUGGUUUGGAAUUAAAAAUACCUGCAGGGCUCCGUACAAACCAAUUUGGAGAUGUGACAACUCUUGCCUUCUCUUGCACUCUAGCUACACCCACCGAGCCAUCAUGGACGACAGUACAUCCACCCAAUCCUUCCCCAACCACCACCACCAUCGCCAUAACACAUCCUUUCACCUCACUUUGCCCAGCCUUCAAAGCCCCGAACUGGGAUUCCCCUCCUCUCAGUCUGCCCUGGAUCCUCUGGAGCAAUAUGGAAGUAGAGGGGAAGAAUCCACAACCUCCUUCCCAAAUUCAAGCAUCUCUUCUGGGGGAAGGGGGGGGAGCAGUGGGGGUGACAGAGGCUUGCUAAACACAAUUGGUAGCGUUUUGGACAGAGACGCUAACUUGGGAGGCCAGCUUGAUGGAGAAAGUGAGUUGGGGAGCCAUUUUGUUGACACUUGGUAUGGUGGCAGCAAAAAAGAGGACACUUGGGAGGAUGGGGAGAGUUGUGAAAGCCCUGCAGACAAUUUUUAUAAUAAAGGUGAUUGCUACAGUAACCCUAAUGAUGUUUUUUACAUUAUGAAUUGUGGCAGUGAGGAAGGACUCAGGCGUAAACUCAGAGCAAACUAUAAUAAUUAUGCAAAUGUUAGCUGUGAAGCUAAAAACGAAACCGUUUACAAUAGGGAGGCUAAUGUUAGCCACUUUACUAAGCAAAGUACUUCCUACAACAGAAGUGUGGCAGGAAGCUUUAGCGACAGCAGUAUAGAAUAUUGUAGGACCGAUUCAAGAGUGAGUGACAAUUAUUUAGGAAGAGAAGAAGAUUAUGGAUCCAGCUGUGGCUCAGGUGAGGAUCAGCUUCAAUCAGCAGAGGCUGAAGGACCCUGGCUCAACAUCUCUCCCUCGAGUCAGACAGGAGAGGGCAGGUGGAGAGGAACAGCAGACACCCACGCUUUGGCCUCAGGGUUCCUAUCGCAGCGAUCGGCUCUCAGCAUCAGCAGCGGGAAGUACACUCAGAAACUGGACUCCUUCUCUGAGGCUUUCCUCUCCCAGCGAAAGAGAAGAAUCCCUGUGAUUUCCAGUGGGGAUUCCUCUGGACAGAUCUGGGAAUUUGGGGGAGGGAGAGGAGGAAGCCCUGGAUUGAUCAAGUCGAGGCACAGCUGUGCUUUUGAUUCAGACUCCUACCUGCCUCCCUCCUCCUCUUCUUCACCUGCUCACCCCUCUCUCCCAUCUUUCCCCUCUCCUCCCACAUCGUCCCACCUCAUGUCUUCAGUUCUUAGUCCUCCGCCCACACCUCUACCAGCUCCUUCCCACUCACCCUCCAAAAUGGACUCUCCCAUUGCAUUUGGGGGCACAGGACAUUCAGUGUCCCAGGGGGGAGAGUCACCUGGCACGCUCCAGUUUUUUGCUUCCCGCCUUCAGUCUCUCCCACCCGUCCAUUCCUCUGGGAUGAUAUGGAAGUUUCCACUGCUGUCACACUGUUUUCCACAGUCAUCAGGCGAUCCCAGCAGCAAUGAGGGCAACCUGACAUCUUCUCAUGGUAGCGACUAUGGCAACGUCACAGCCUCACACGACGUCCUUCAGUCUCCAGAGUUGCCAUUCCUCAUGUCCUCUUCCCACCGCUCAUCCCUCCACCCACCGAGAGCUCUCUGUUCCUCCAAUGCUACGUCCCCACAUACCUCCUUCCAUCUUCCUACUCCUACUCACCUUCCCAGCCAAAAUUUUGAGGCAGCAGAAAAGAUAGCCCCUUUCAUGGUGACGCAGAAAGUGAAGAAUGGACCGGCCAACCUGAACCAAUCACAGCUACAGCAACAAGACUCCCCGAUCUACACUGGAACUCCAUUUCCCAGUAUCCUUCACUCAAGCAGGGGUCAAAAGAGGGGCCGCUACACUCCUCGACCCCUCCUCAAUCCUGUACGCAGGGGGAAUGGGCUGUACUCCUCCCUUCUGUCUCUCCAUCAGGAGGAAACAACAUGUAGAGAAGAGGAAGAAGAGUGCGGUGUGUUACCGCAUAUCAACUUAGGUCAUGAUUUCCAGGCACAGCUUCCCUCGUGCUUUGUGGACAGCAAGGGUUCAGGGUUAUGGUCACCAGAGCAGGAAUCCCCUAGAGAACAGCUGCUGUGGAAACCGUGGGACAGUCUUGAGGAGAGCACCAACUUACAAGACCAUGUGGAAAAGCUGUUGUCCAUGUGUAGUUCCAGCUGCAUACCAGGAGGGGGCAGUAACACAGAGCUGGCUCUGCACUGUCUGCACUACUGUCAGGGGAACGCAAUGGCUUCGCUGGAGAUGCUGUUGUUCUCACAGCCUUCACCAACAGGAGACUACCACUACUCUGGUAGUGACUUUUGGACCAACAGUGAAAAGAGUCUCUUCACUGCAGCCCUGGGAACUUAUGGAAAAGAAUUUUCACUCAUACAGAAAAUGGUUAGGACUAAGACCGUGGGCCAGUGUGUUGAAUUUUACUACCUGAGCAAGAGGCUCCUGGACAAGCAGAAGAAACAGGAGGAGGAGAACAGAAACGGGGAGAUGGAGCAGCAGAAAACUAUAACGCCCAUCAGUCAGCCAGUGGACAGACAGUUUGGACUGGAGGAGGUGGUUCCCGUGCCCUCAUUGGCCAGCUUCUUCCCCUGCAAGCUGUGUGGCAAAAUGUUCUAUAAAAUCAAGUCCCGUAAUGCUCACAUGAAGAUCCAUCGCCAGCCUCAGGAGGAUUGGACCGACAGGCGGCUGCUACUCACCCAGCGUCUGGCUUUCAGUCGUCCCAACACCUUUAUCCCCAGCCCGGGCAGUAAUCUGCUCCCGUCCCAGACCUUUUCCCCUUCUGGCCUCCCUGGAACGCCAAGCAACAACAGCAACGCAGACAAUGUCCUCAACUCUGUAACCAAUAGCAACGCCAUUGCUCCCAGCAAUGCCAGUGUCUCACAUCCCAGCACUGUGGUAACAUAUGGCAACAUCACUGCUUCAAACUCUCAUGUAAUCACUAAUAUUGAUGGCGGUGAGUUAAAUCAAAGAGAGCCCACCACUGUUAUGUCUUUCCACCAGUCAUGGGGCUCAUUUGGACAUGGCCCAGACCCCACUACCUUCUACUGCAACACAGAAGGGAAAGACGAUGUAGGAGCUGGGACAGUGGAGGGAAAAGAGCCAAUCAACUGGCAGUAGUGUUCAGCUGUCCCGAAAGCAUUAGAAGAACUGAGGACUCAUCCAAACUGUGUUUUUUUUUUUUUUUUUAAAUCAAACUAACUUUUAAUUCCAACUCCAAUUUUUCGAACAUAUUUUAAGAAAACAUGAUCACUUUUGUAUGCUUUUGUUGUAAAUUGUGUAAUUAAAUGUGUUACAUAUUUAAAUGUUUAUUUACUUGACAUUUGAAUAAAAUUUACAACCUUA